UUUUUUCUUUGGCCAUCUUUCGUAUUUGCGCACAACACGUAUGGUAUCCCUGUUUUGGCAAUUCUGAUUUUCUAUCUUGAACUCGGUCUUUGUCCUUGUGGCUGUAACGCGCAUGAUCGGCGGUCUGCGUGCGAGGAUUCAACUUUAGUCAAUAUCUAGUGGUCACCAGGCAUCUUGUAGUAUGUUACAUGAUCGGACAUCAAUUUGUUGUUCUUCUCCUUUCCCAUUCUCUUUUCGUGCCACCGCAUGCUCAUUGAAAUCUGCUAGUUCUAUAAUUUACUUAAGUAGGUCUUGGUCUUGUUCAUGCAAUGUCACCUAGUACCUCUACUCUUAUCUAGUACUAAAACUUGUACUUACUUUUACAAUCUACUUCACGAAGAUGAGUACUCCCCACCAUCAGUUGUUAGCCUUGUGGCAAAUAGGUCCUGCUGUUGCCCGUCUGCGACAUGAAAUCGAGCAGCAGACGCUAUCUCCAACAAGUAGAAGCGAGGCAAGGACGUCGCUGUAUGGCAGGGGGAAGCUGCGAAACGACCAAGACCUUAAUGUUGCAUCUAGAAGCGAGCUGGCGACGUCGUGGAUGUUACAAAAAGAAGAUGCUCGCUCACGGCGUGGUGUACCAUUUCCUUUAUUCAGGUUGAGUCAAGAAGAGGUUGCGUCAGCAUUCCACAAAGAUAGGCUUGACCCACGAAGACGCGAAAGGGUUUUUGUUCAACAGUCGGACGAAAACACGAUCGGCAUUAAGACGCAGUCUUAUCCUGACGGUGACUUAAGAGAUAAAGCGGGACAGGAUUAUAAAACCUCUAAGUUGUCGAGGAAGACCUCUCAACUACUUGCGCAAAACCUUUACAAACAAGAAGACGAUUACCUCGACUCGCCGAAAGAUCUCCUGCUUAAGGACGGAGGCAGAAAGCCGAGAAGCAUAUCUUCAAGUUCAUCGUCCAACUGUUCAUCAGCUACCUCCGCUGUGACCCCCUUGAUGUCGAAUAAAGAGUCCACUUUUUCGAUUGGUGCGAGAGAAGACCAAGACGAAAAUGCAGAAGAGUUCGACGUCGCCAUCGUUGGUGGGGGCAUCGCAGGCUGUUUCCUCGCCUAUCAUUUAGCACGUUUUGGCGAUCAAAACCUGAAAAUCCUCUUAGUUGAGCGGGAAUCUCCCGGUGCCGGUGCAACGGGCCUUUCCAUGGGGACACUUUUUCCUCUCUUUUCACGGCACCUGAUCUACGAACCGGUCUCCACGAUCCUGGAAGACCCAGACCAGUACGUCCAAUUUGGCUCUUUGUGCAUUUUUGACCAGCUUUUGAGCGAUACGGUUGACCUGCGUAGAAGAAAUGGCGAUGAUGAGGAUGGAAUAUCUUCAUCUUUAUCUUCUUCGAUCUCAACAAGUACACGUCCAAGUCCUUCUCUUAGAAACCAAAAUGGAAAUCCGUGUCGUGAACAAAUGAUCCAAGCAGGAGAGACGCUAUUCGGCUGGUACCGAAACGGCGCAUACCUGUGCGCACCGCGUGAUCAUCUGCGAGCCCAAGCGUACGUCCGCGACCUCCACAAUACCUUCAAAAAGCGCGGCUAUCUAGUGGAAUUGCUAGAUGGCGAAAAGGCCGUGCGAAACAAAAUGUUUCCUACGAAAGCUGUUCCCACCCAAAACUAUACUUAUCACGGUACGCGACCCCGCAAGAGGCCUAGUACACAUGCGCUGUGGCGUUACUCUGCUGAUCAUGGCAGUAGAGAAGAUGGAAUUGGAACUGCUAAUCAUCCCGAUGGAGAGACAGACAGGAAGAGCCCUCGCUUCCAACAAUAUUUCACACAUCUUGCAAACGGCGUUCAAGUGCCGGAAUUAGCCAUUUACGCACCGAAUGGCGGGAUGAUCGAUCCUUCGGCGGUUGUAGCGGCAGUUGUGGACCAGCUUGAGCUCAUCCCUAGCUUCAGGCUCUGCGAAGGCGUCUCUGUGGUAGCACUGAAGCAGUGUAUCGUGCAAGGUGAAAGUGGAUGGCUUUCUGCUCUUCCAAAGCUUCGUCAAGACGAUAAGCAGUCAACAUCUUCAGGUAGAAGAAGAGGGGAUUGUUUUUAUCAGUUACUACUCGAAGGUCCGACAUCUCGGUUGCCACCCCUCCUUUUGGCGCAUUCUUCGACUGAAGCAGGUGCACAACGACCACACUUCGCUGACGAGACGACACGAGAUGAGAAGACGCAAAUACGAAAGGACGAUACGCUUACGCGUCGACGCGUGGUCGUACGCGCGAAAAAACUUGUACUUGCGAACGGCUGUGGGAUUUCGGACGUUCUUUCAGCAGGAAUUUCCCGCAUUUUCAACAAUAUGCCUCUACCCCCGGUCCGCGUGCCAGUCCCAAUCGUCCCGGUACUCGGUCGCGUUUUUCAACUCCCAACACCGACUAUACCAAGUAAAACUUCUUUGUGGUCUACACCUGAAAACGAGUGUCGCCCCUUCAGUUUCUUUUCGGCAGAGUCUUUCUAUUACUGGGACCGGGUGCGCAGUAGUCUGGACGUCAACAGGGGUGUGCCGGAGAAAUGUUCCGUGACUGGUUGGGGCAACGACCUUGUCCCCCAUGCUUAUGGGAAGUUCAUUCCCAACGACGAACAGAACAAUUCAUCUUUGCUCAUUGGCGCCACCCGUGAGCCCGCUGCAAGCUGCGCACGCCGAGGAAUGUUCGCGAAGAAGAGCAGCUGCAGUGCUGGACGAGGAAGCGAUCGUGUUGGAAGUGCUCACGCGAAUAACCUCUCUCCUUUUACGGACCACGAGGCUCCGAGGUAUGCAGCGGAAGCGAGCGCAUAUAUUCAGAAACACUUUUUCGAUCUCAGUUUGCCCCUGCUUAAAACACAAUCAGAACGACAGAGAGCAUUUUCACCAUCUUGUCCUCCGGAACAAGAACUAAAAGUAGGAGAUCAGCCUCUACAAGCGCUAAAUGCAGCCGACGAGGCACCACCAGGUUGGCACGGUUGGCAGCCUUUCGCAAUGUACGGCCGCCCUAUGGUUGGCGAAUUGAAGGGUGUGCAGGGUCUACAAAAUCUCUAUAUUGCUGGCGGUUUCGGUCCGGCGGGAAUCAAACUGGCUCCCUUCCUCAUGGAGUUGUUAGCUCAAGACAUACUUGCCGACGUCGAAGUCGACACACAACCCGAACUCGACAAACCACCACAAUCACCAAAUUUAUCCGCCAGCACAAUAACGAUUCAAGAAGAACCCGAACAAGACUUCCAAAACUUGGUACGCGGCAGACAAGAAACACUAGAUUAUCGGGUAUUUCGACACUAUGACCCAGAGCCAGCCUUUCGCCGCUACGCAUCUGACCUGAAGAAAUGACGCAAGACUCACUGUGCCUAAAGCAAGUCCUCGAGGUUGUUCCUAGGCAAGCAAGUGCAAGUUGCAAGGUCUUUGGAGGAGGCUGCUGAUGAAGUCAGGAGCAGUAGAGGACUUCAAAACAUUGUAGAAGCUCUCAUAAUCAUACUCAUUGUUGAUAGGCCUGAGAGAGUGCUUUCGUGAUGCUGAUAGUAGUCGUGUGCAGGAGUUGCUGGCAUGUCGGCAUUAGCAACUUCUUACAAAAAGCAGACGUUUUAAAAAUGUCAUGAUUCACACCUUUGUAGUUGGUCAUCCUUGCUCCUCCUCCUAGUUAUUGCUCGGAGAAGGCUAGACGAUAAAGGGGGUCGACUAACGGCAUAGAAAAAGUGGCACAACGCGCAGCUAUCUACAUAAGAUUAGCAUGACAUCCACAAGAUCAACAGAGAUCGAAUUGCAUUCCUAGCCCUCAGUAGUUUCACCUCAAAGUAACAAUUGUAGUCGAAAGGUUUUUUUUAACCAUGAUACGCCGUGCCCGCGUCGCCGACCUACACAUAGAAAUAUCUCAGUCACUGCUAUGGCUUGAAAAAAAGUGUGAAGAUCUGGCUUAGAGCAGCGAGAGCUCUACAUGUGACUGUGAGUGAGUAGAAUGAGAUAUUCCAAAGUAGACCCGGUAGUAUAGGAGCCGAGUUAUUCUCUCUCAUGAAUAGCGGUGAACAGUUUGAACGACUGAGUGUCCCAUUGUUGAUUGGUGAACCGCGAACAGUGUAUUGAGAUACCAUAGUUCGCUCGUUGUGGAGCUUGAAGUUCCGGUAAAGAACUAGUACAAAGUGACAGACUGAGGAGGAU